AUGGAUUCCCAGGCCGCGCCCAACUUCGUCUCUCUUCCUAAUUCAUCCUCUCAGCCUACUUCCAGCUCGCCACCUGCUCUGUCCUGCCCGGUUACUCGUAGUCAACAUGGGAUUCUUAAGCCUAAACGUCACUUUAACCUCCACACACAAGCUUCUAAAGCCCCUCUACCUCGUAACCCUGUGAGUGCUCUUCGUGAUAUGAAUUGGAAACUUGCCAAGACUGAUGAAUAUAAUGCUCUAAUGAAAAAUGGGACUUGGGAGUUGGUACCCCGCCCCCCUGAUGUGAAUGUUAUUCGUUCUAUGUGGAUUUUUACUCAUAAAGGACAUGCUGAUGGUACUUUUGAGAGGCAUAAGGCUCGUCUUGUAGGUGAUGGACAGACUCAACUGAUUGGCAUUGAUUGUGGUGAAACUUUUAGCCCGGUUGUCAAACCGACCACUAUUCGGACUGUUCUAAGCUUAGCUUUGUCCAAAUCUUGGUCUAUUCACUAG